CGGCUCCCUCCCCGCGGCAACACGGCUGCUCUGCCCGAGCUCGGCGACAGGGGCUUCCCCGCCGCCGCCGCCGCCCCGGCCAAGCCCCGCCGCGCCCGCGGCCCGCGGCCGCCAUGCAGUUUAUGUUGCUUUUUAGUCGUCAAGGAAAGCUUCGACUCCAGAAAUGGUAUGUCCCGCUGUCAGACAAAGAGAAGAAAAAGAUCACAAGAGAACUCGUUCAAACCGUUUUGGCCCGGAAACCUAAAAUGUGCAGCUUUCUUGAGUGGCGAGAUUUGAAGAUUGUUUACAAAAGAUAUGCUAGCCUGUAUUUUUGCUGUGCUAUUGAGGACCAGGACAAUGAGCUAAUUACCUUGGAAAUAAUUCAUCGUUACGUGGAAUUACUUGACAAGUACUUUGGCAGUGUGUGUGAGCUUGAUAUCAUCUUUAAUUUUGAGAAGGCUUAUUUUAUUUUGGAUGAGUUUCUUUUGGGAGGAGAAGUUCAGGAAACAUCCAAGAAAAAUGUGCUUAAAGCCAUUGAGCAGGCCGAUCUCCUGCAGGAGCCACGUCAUGAAUAUUUUAAUGUGCCUGUGUACUAAGUGACUGCUCAUCGUGUAUGCCGCAUUUCACAGAGGAACUAGAAAGCUGAUAUGCUUAUGAAAGAAAAUAUCCUCAGCUUGGUGACUCAUAUUAUCUCGUAUAAUAAUAGAACAUUUUAGAACCAAUACCUUUACAACUGUAUUUUUGUCCUUGCUCGCACGUCUUUCUUGGGUUUUAUUUUCAUUCUAUAUGUGUUCUUGAUGUAGCUUAUUCCUGCUCACAACUGAUUGAAUUUCUUCUUGAAAAAAUAUGACCCUUGAAUGUUUAGAGUAAUUUUAUCUUAAGCCACAUACAUGUCACCAUUUUUGAACCACCUGUGAUUAAUCCUCCAAGAGGAAAAACCUAGUAAUCUUUCAAAUGUUUACCAAAGAAGAUAAAGUGAAACACUAGAUUGAAAUACACAGUGCCAUGAUACACAGUGUGCUUUGGUCUGAAAAUGUUGAAAGAAAUGAAACUAUAUUUAUGUGAUUAUAUUACACCGUCUAUAUGAACGAAUGAGCUAAUGUGUUCUAAUGUAUCACAUAAAAGUAUAUUUGGAAAUAAUACAAGAAAGUAAAAAUCUGUAUUAGUAUAUAAUAUUGAAAGUAAAGCACAGGUUUUAAGAAAUGUGUAAUGCCACAUUCAUGGAAUCACCUUUGUGCUAGCUAGAACAAUCAGUCCCUUCAGGAAUCAUCAGAAAACUGUCCAAAGUCUCUGAUGCAGUGUCAUCAGUUCCGUGGAAAGUAAACCCCCUUCAAAGCAUUAAUUUUGGGUUUACUUAUAUAGUUAAAAUUUAAAUACCUAUUUUUAGUAGUUCUUGUUUUAUAAUAUAUUAAGCCUUCAUUUAAAUACUUAUUAAAUUGUUAACUGUAGUUUUAUAUUUCUAAAUAUUAAAACCACUACUGUUGAUCAUUAUUGUGUAUACUCUUAAUAAAACAUGCAACAUAUUUUAUUAUAAAAGGAAAAGUACCAAAUAACUAAUAUUUAUAUCUAAAGAGUUUGAAGCCUAAGUUUAGUAAGUUAUCAAACAAUAAAUUCAAAAGAUGCUCACAUUGGUUUGCCACUGAAAGACCUAUUGACGACGCACACUGGACAGGUAUGCAGGUCCGUUAUUUCCAUUCUUACCAUGCUCAGGGACUGCGUUCAUUUAAAGCACCAGGAUGGCCUACCAAAUACAAAAUUUAGAAUCACACGUAGAAAGCGCUGGGAAACACUGGCCUUUCAUUUCCAUUUUUUCCCACUGCCCUGCAAUGUUACUCAUCUGGUUUUGACGCUGCAUAAAUAUGCAUUGUCUCAUGCCUGUUUGCUUUGGAUGCUGUGUGCUGUAACAAGAUGUUGCUUCUUUUGUUAUCUGUAUACAGCUGCUUGCUUUAAAUAUUCUGAAAGAGCUAUCCUUGCAUGUCUAAAAUAAAAGUAUUGCAUGUACUUUGUCUCAUGUGAAUGACUUUUUUUCUUCUCCAUCCCUGUUGAUAAUAUAUUUUAUAUUUUAGUUUUUCCAGGUAAUCUUUAAAACUCAUGGUACAAAAACAUAACAAUUCAUGAGCUUGACCAUUUUUAAGUGCCUGACUCAGUAGUGUUAAGUACAUUCGCAUUGUUGUGCAACCAUCUCCAGAAGUUUUCCAUCUUACAAAACUCAAACUCUGUACCCAUGAAACAACUGUCCGUUCCCCUCCCCCAGCCCUUGAUAACUAACAACCAUUCUACUUUCACUGUCCACGAAUUUGACUUACCUUAGACAGUAGUUUUUCUGGGUAAUUUUGAGCUGCACUUUUAAGGGGAACAUGUGAAGAUUACAUUUUCUAGUAUAAACACUUGAUAAAAUCUAAUGUACUAUUUAUACAUAUCUCAAAGGAAUAAAAUGUGUAAAUGGCUCUUUGAAACUAGGCCUUUAGAAAGGAUAUUUUAAAUAAUGCAUAUUCGAUAAGCAACAUGAUUCUCUUGAAGAAAUGCUAUAUGAGAUUGCAAACAGUGGACACAUGGGGGAAAUCCGACCAGCUCCAGGGAAGAGAAUGGGGGGGCAUUUUGCAUGGGUAAGCUAAGGAUGUUCCCUGGAUAGAAUUCACUGCCGGUGUCCUUUAAUAAAUACAUUAAAGGUGGUAUAACUUUCUGAAAACAUUAAAUAGAAAUGAUUAAUUUUUUUUCCUUUAAUGUGUUUGUGAUCCAGAUGACAUUAUUUCAGUGUAUUCAAUGUUUAAGACUAAACAUAAAUAAGGUUGACUUAUAUCAUUUGGGGGACUAUUGCAUCAUUUCCAUUAGACUCUUUUAAAACAUUCAUCAAUGAAAACUCCCAGAAAUGCGGGUAGGAGGGCGUCAGAACCUCGUGUUUGCGUCACUCGGCCGCCACAGCCAUCACCUCGGUGCUUGUUACUGCACUGACGUCAUGGGCUUCCCUCAUUUUUCCCUCAGUGUUUUAGGCCAAGCCCUAGCUAUCCUACCAUCUUAUCUUUAAUACUUGAAUACAUGCAGCCACAGGAGAUAAGUACCACACCCCCAAAAUUAACGAUAAUUCCUAAUAGCUUAUUCCUGGUUCCAUUUUCCCGAGUUGUCCAAAAAAUACAUUUUUAUCAUCUCUUAGAAACGGAUUAUCAAGCAAGACUCACUUGGUAUCCAGUAGUUGUCCCUUAAGUCUCUUAAUCUGGAACAACUCUGGCUUUAUGCCCUCCUGCCCUUUUUUUUUAACUGAGACACGUGUGCUAUAGAAUUUCCUCCAUUCUGUAUUUGGCUGAUUGUAAUCUUGUGGUGGUGAUUAAUGUUUUUUAUCUUCCAUAUAGGUUUCGGUCUGUAGCCCCAUUAGAUGGAGGUUCAUGGGGGGUGGGGGGGGACAAGAAACUUCAUGAAUUAGGCUGCCUGUAAGAAACAGCUUUUUUCACCGAAACUAAUUUCCCAUUCUUCAUGAGUAUACAGACAAUACUAAAAUGUCAUCCCAUGAACUCUGUCUAUAGAGUCAGUGUCUAGUACUGCAUCUAGUACUAACUGCUAAAUACCUUCAUCUAGAUUGUGAUUGUAUAACAAUAUCAACUAACAUUUUUGAGCACUUUUUAUAUAAGUCAGGCACUGAGGCUAAUCUCAAUCUCAACAUAGGAAGGUAAGUACUAUGAUUCUUGUUUUCCAAAUAAAGAAACAGACCAUGGAGUUUAAUUUACUUCAAGUUACUUCAUGUAGUACCUUACAUACAAUUAAUCUAAUGUUGUCUGGAUCGAUGGUUUAAUGUGUUCUUUCUUUUUCUUGUUUUGUGCUGUACCACAAUUAGGAUGCAAAAGUAAGUUGUUAUUGGAUACUAAAAAUGAACAGUAAUUCUUAAUAUUUUUAGUUCAGUUACUCUUAAUUUUCUGAAAAAUGCAUUUUUUAAUAAUCAUUUUGUUCGAACCAGAUUCCAAACAAGUUUCCAUUCCAUCAUCAUUUCCCUCCAUUCAUAAGUAAUAUGCCUUUUAACUACAAAGUUGUUGGGUAACACCGGAAAUUUGAGCUUUAUUUUGUGAUAAGCAAAGCAGCCACUCUAAAAUUUUUAAACAUUUUCCUUGAUAUGCCUGCUUUGUCUUCCUUCACAUUUAAAAAGAAUUGGCGUUUACACAGGACAAAAAUGCUCUUUCAUUCCAGAGCAUUCUUACAUUUCCUCCACCGUGGCUGUUGGUUGUCCCGGGGAAGUGGAGGAAAGCCCCGGGAGGAAGAUAUCUCUCUAAGUCCAUGUGCCACACAAACCAAAAAUAAAGCACGGAAAACAAAAUUAAGUGAAGAAUUGGGACAACAUAGGGUUCCCUUGCUUUUUAUUUGGGGGAGGUUUUGAAUUUUAGCGGAGAUAACUUUGCUGUAGACAAUUCGGGUCUGCAGUAGCUUGGCAGCUUUUUGUGUUACAGCACAGGUGCCCAGCACGUGGGUCGGUAAUCUGUGAGGUACUUAAUGCAUGCUGAAAACACCCUUCUGUGGUCUCUGAUGUUUGGGGGCACAAAACCCUAAAUAACCACCAGCUCCGUAGUGGAAUGCACCCCUUGCUUCUCUGAAACUUGCACUUCCCUUGUGUCAAUAUCACAUUCUCAAGCCUCGCGGGAUCUGCUUACCAGAGUCUCACGUUUUCCU